AUGGGCCUGUGUCUUUCGAAGCAGUCAUCAGAGCUGAAUGAAGCUCCUAAAAGUGGCAAGGAGUCCACGAGUGGCGAGACAACGACCCAAACUAAACGACAAAACCAAAAGCAUGCACUAACAUCAUCUAAUAACAAUUCCUUGGCCUCCAACAACCUGAAACAGAAUACUCUGGAAAGCACUGCAAGUACGAACCAAGACAAUGUGGUACCGAAUGGAUCUGCAUCAAACACAGAUAAGGAAGUAAAAGUGCUACUUCUAGGAUCCGGAGAAAGUGGAAAAUCGACUAUUGUCAAACAAAUGAAGAUUUUACAUCAGAAUGGCUAUACUAAGGAAGAGCGAUAUGAAUACAAGCCUUUUGUAUACAAAAACAUUUUAACCUGUAUCAAAAAUAUUAUAAAUGCAAUAACUGAUUUGGAACCCGAUUUAAUUCACGAUUCACAUUCCCGCAAGGAAAACUCAAUCAAAGAUGAAGAAGAUAGUCUCGAAGAUUUUAAGGGAGAGAAACCAAACGAAAAGCAUGUUUUGAACUACGAAGAUAUGAAUGAGGUUUUAGACUACGAUAUAUCUAUCGACUCCGAAGAGCAAUUUAGUCCAAAAAUUGCUGGUAUAAUUGAUCAUAUUUACAAGGUUCAGGAAGUGCAAAAUUUCAUUAAAUAUCAACAGGGGAAUUUUUAUUUUGUUGAUUCUUCUGACUACUUCUUAUCUGAUGUGAAAAGAUUUGCACAGCCAGAUUAUAUACCAACAGUCAAUGAUAUUUUAAGGACUCGUAAAAAGACGUCUGGUAUAUUUGAUUUUAGGUUCCAAAUGAGUGGUCUUAAUAUUCAUAUGUAUGAUGUUGGGGGACAAAGAUCAGAGCGUAGGAAAUGGAUUCAUUGCUUUGAUAAUGUGACAUUAAUUAUAUUUUGCGUUGCCUUAUCUGAGUAUGAUCAAGUUUUACUAGAGGAAAAUAAUCAGAAUAGAUUAGAAGAAUCGUUAGCGUUGUUUGAUUCAGUCGUGAAUUCCAGGUGGUUUUCAAGGACUUCAAUUGUAUUGUUCUUGAACAAAAUUGAUGUUUUUUCAAAGAAGUUGCCAUAUUCUCCUUUGGAAAAUCAUUUCCCUGACUAUACAGGCGGUGACAAUAUCAAUAAAGCUGCGAAAUACAUUCUAUGGAGAUUCACUCAACUUAACAGGUCAGGUUUGUCAAUCUACCCUCAUGUUACGCAAGCCACUGAUACCUCAAACAUCCAAUUAGUUUUUGCAGCAGUCCGAGAGUCUAUUUUAGAAAAUGCCUUAAAAAAUACGGGUAUUUUAUAA